AUGAAAGAGAUGAAGAAUAUUAGCGCCUGUGCCCUACCAACGUGCUCUAAAUUCACCUCAACCAUGGACGAUGAUCGCAAGGAUAGUGAGAGAAUGAAGUAUACACCAAAUUCGCCGAAAGCGAAGACACCAUCACUCAUUGAAAAACUGCAGUCAAUGAUUGCUCCUAGUCAGACCACAAUGACCGCGCAACCUGUAAAAGUGCGUCUAAUCAACGGAUGGCAAGACGUCACGUUCGAUAAGAUGAAUAUCGUGAUUUGUAACUAUCUGUAUGAUCAUCAAAGUGCGAACCACCAAAUGUGGAAAGAGCUUGAGAGGAUCACUACAUUACGGCGGGAGUAUUUGUUCUAUGCGAUGUGCUGUGCUGUUUCCGCAUUGCUUUUUCGUAAUGAUUUACUCACGUUGUUGUACUGCGUAGUGGCGCUAGUGUUUCCUGCUAUUUGCACCAUUGUUGUCUUAUCUACCGAGAAUCUGGAAGGUGCUCGCCUCUGGCUCGAAUACUGGGCAAUCUAUGGACUCAUCACAAGUGUUGGAAAAACUUUGAAAAGAGAACACACUGUGGUGAAGAUCGCAUUGGGGAAUUCAUUCUUCGUACAAGCAAGAGAAGGAUUUCGGAAAGGCAGCUUGAAGAAAGAAGCAUACAGCUGUGCAAUAAAUGUCAGAAAGCAAUUUCCAGUUGACUCGAUAGCGUUAGAGACGAAUUUUUAUCACCAAAUGCGUCCUCCAUAUGGUCUCCGAUGCUCAUAUUCUGCAGCCAAUAUGAUCUGCAUUUUGGCUGAAAUGUAUCCUGAAGCAGACUGCAGCAGAUAUCGAACCAAUAGGCCAAAUUUCUACAUCUAUGGAAUAGUGCUGGGUUCCCAGAAGUCUCUAGCACACAAUACCAUAGCGUUACUACGAAAAUUUAAGUGCCAAAAAUUCAACAAUCUGCCGUACAAAUAUCCCGAAGAAGGUGACCUUCCUGAACAAAGGGUUCAGCGAUCACGUCCCUUUGAGCAUGUUGGCAUAGAUUACUUCGUAUACAAGGAGAACCACAUGAAAACUAAUAAACUCGUCGCUGUGAAUAAAAUCCGUUUAGAAGGCGAAGACGAGCGUUUUCUUUUAAAUUUCUUCAUCUUAUUUUUUUGUACAGUAAAAAUUGGGGUAUUUAAUUUUGUCAAGGUCGCUUCGUUCGUAUUCAGGGUGUUACCGCUAUAA